AUCAGACCAAUGAGAGCGCUCCCUGAAAGGCGGCGGUUUGAAAACUAAAAUGGCCGUCACUCAAGCCCGAGCGCUGGUGCAGAGCUGUGAUCCGCAGCUGUUGGAUGCCUAUGGGGACUCAGAGUCGGCCGUUGCCUCCAGGAUGGUGCUCUUUCUCAGGGACAGUCGCAGAGUCCAUAAGGUUCUAUGGAGACAGCUCUUCGUCCUUGACUCCAUGGUGUCUCUGAUGGAGGAGCUGAAAUCUGUCCAGCAGCUGCUGACCAUGCCCUGCCCUACCCCACCAGAUGGCGGGGCCCGGGGCCGCUGGAAGGCCCUGAAGAUUCAGUACAAAACAUCUUUAGAGGAAACUGAAAACCUGCUCAAGACUCAGCUCCAAAAAAUCCAACAGAUCAACGAGAGACGAGAGAGGAUUGGUGAACUGCUGCACACGCUCCACAAACAGGGCACACACCGGGAGGCGCUGCAGGCCUCUCUGCUCACGGCCCAUGAUGCUUUGCGGCAGAGCGAUGUUCAGCUGCAGCAGCUCCUUGCGGAGGCCGAGGUCACCGCAGGUCACAUGGUCGACUGGGAGCGAAUCAGAGACGAUCUGCAGGUGGAGGUGUCUCUGGUGCAGGACAUGAUGAAGAUGAAGCUGGUGUCCCUGAGUCCAUCUGAGCUCAGUCUGGAGAUCAGUCCUGGUUUAGAUCCUUGCUCGAGUCCUGGUCCUGGCUCAGAUCCUGCCUCGAAUCCUGGUUUAGAUCCUGGCUCAGAUCUUGGCUCAGAACCUGGUCCUGAUCUGGACUCGGACCCUCUGAGGAUCACAGUGAAGUGGGGUCCAGACGACACCUUCACUCUGCAGGUGAGUGAAGUCUGGGGUCUGGGUGACUGCUCCUCUGGGUCCAGGUCUGGUCUCAGGUCGGUUUUGUUGGAGCUGCUGCAGAGGUUCCAAGGCCAGGCCGAGCUGCUGACUGAAAUUCAGGCUCUACGCCACAGUUUUGCGAUCGACUGGCGUCCGACUCAGCGCUGCCUCGUGUUCUUGAAGAGCGCCACGGUGGUCUGUGAGCUGCAGGUGGAGGAGGGGUACCCGAGGAAGGGGGGUGUGAGGCUGCAGUCUGUGCAGAGAGAUGGAGCACGCCAUGACAUCACAGGGAUACAGAAUCAAGAAAAGAAACUGUCCCUCACACAAUGGCUGCUGCUGCUCAGCUCCUCCCCCCAAGUCUGAACCUGAGGCUAAACCGGGACUACACCAAG